AUGCAAUCCUCCUUGUCCACGGAAGGAAAGUCCAUCCAUACUGAUCUGGAGGAAGAGUUCCGCGACGACUACCAUUUCGGGGCCCUCUCGCGCCGUGACCUCGAGGAGCGUUGGUUCGGCUCAGGCAUCCUCGACUGGCUUGCCCGCAUUGUCAAGCCAGAAAUCACGCGUGAGUUCACUUACGACUACAAGGACACCCUGACAGCCAAACUCAUUGACGAGACGUGGCAAUGCAACCGCAACGGCAUUGACUACGAGGGUCACAUCCUCGCCCAGGCCCUCCUUAACUUGAAGGUAGCGACCAGCUUCGGGUUCACUUUGAUUGUUACAAAGCUAGCCCCGCCCGUCGACGUGUCCCAAAGCUACCUGACCUUCUACAACAAGGGCGAGAUCACGGGUGUUCUAACCCUCGAAGCCGUCGCCAAGUUUUCGUAUCACAAGGGAGACGUGAUUGUGAACAUCCCUUUCCCAGGCGCCUCCUUCAAGAUCCCUGGAAUCGCAACCAUCGGCCCGCAGCUGACGGUGGAGAGCAACAUCGACGCCUCGCUCACCCUGGCGGGCAAGGUGGAAACACGUCUCGAGUUCGCCAACUGGGAGGUCCGCCAGGUCCUUCCCGACAACGGCGACAGCAAGUACACGCCCAAGGAGAUCGGCCUCGGCGACCCAGACCUCAAGCGCACCGGCGACAACGAGGGCCUGGACGAGCCCAACUUCUACGCCGGCGUCCAGGCCCUCGGCGACGUGACGGCCAAGAUGUCGGCGGCGGCCGAGUUCGGCAUCCGCUUCGACAAGCGCUGGGACGUCGACCCGGCCGCCGCGGCCAUUGUGGCUGAGGCCAGCGUUAUGCUGAAGAUGGGCGUCGGCGGCUCCACUAAGGAUAUUUGCCCCUUCACAUUUGGAGUUGAUGUCGGCGCACGCCUGUUUGCGCGCGCAACGGCACCAGGCUUCGGGUGGCCGGGGGCCGAGGUGCCCAUCACGCCCGCUUAUAAGAAGCCCAUCAUUGAAGGCGGUACGUGUCCAGGCCUGGGACCCCUUCCGACCAAGCGUGACCUGAAUUUCCUUACCAUCGAGGCCAACGACACCCGUGGCCAUAGCCACACCCAUAACAGCCUGAUCCAUGGCUAUGGCCACACCCACAACAGCCGUAGCCUGGCCAAACGAGCGGCCGUCUGGGGUCCAGUACUCAAUGUGCCCGUGGGUAGCUACUUCUGCCCGCCCGAAGCCGAUGACAGCUCCGGCCCGGGCUCCCCGUGCUCCAAGAUUGGGUACGCCUGGGACGAGAGCGACAUCAUCGCGGACGCACUUUUCAGGCGGUCGGACCCUUUUGUACACGUCCUCGAAAAACGGGCCUCCUCCAAGCCCACCGAAAUCUGCGGCGUGACAACCAAAUUCCAAUACCCGACAGACUACGAUGCCAAAACGCUGGGCAACGACAUCUACGGCUUCAAAAGCACCGACUGCAAGGACUACGCGUUCGACAAGCUCACGGCCGAAGUUGCCGGUGUCAGCUACGACUCCGAGCACGUUCUCGAGGCCCAACUCAUCAGUCAAUUCUUCAACACGCUCAAAAAUCUCGGCCCCUUCGACCACCCCAACCCUGAAAGGGCCCAGGAGGACAUAAAGCUCAACUUCUGCGCGCUCGUCAAAUUGCUCUGGAACGCUCCGGUUGUGAUCCCAAACCUCGAGACCGCCCAAGGGACCGGCGUCGCUCUCACGGCCUUCAAACACGUCGCAGCGUAG